AUAUGUUGUGCCAAGCAUCGAAAGGUGUAGUGAAUAAUUUACACAAAUCGCGAAAAGUAUGGAUAAAAGCUCUGUUCAUUAUACUGGUGCUGAAUGCGCAUGUGCUUGUUGUGACAUCGCAGCAGCAGCAGCAGCAGCAGCAGCAGCAGCACCAACACCAACAUCAGCAGCAACAACACCAACAGCAACAACAGCAGCAGCAGCUUUUGCCGACAAACCUGCCAUCACCGCAAAAACGAGCCGGUAACAUUGCCGAUGGUGCCAAGGAUCAUUGCAACAAAACUGUUGACAUCUAUGAGGAUAUCUCCUCACCCGAAGUGACUAACCUGAACCGAAACCGGCCACUCACAUGUUGGUACCGGUUUCGAAGCUUCCGCGGAGCACCACGCGAUUGGGUACUGCGGUUGAACUUCAAAAAGUUUAAAGUAGGAACGCUGUUGAAUGCGACGCACUGCGAUGGAGGCUACUUGCAGAUAGUGGACGGUAAUGCCAAAACCGAUGUGUCAAACCGUAGAGAACCGGGUCAAUUUUGCGGCGAGUCGGAACAACCGCAAACGUUCAUCAGUGAAACAAGUGCCGUCAAAAUAGUCUUUCACACCGAUAAUUUCACCGACCAGACAUAUUUCGCGUUCGACUCUGGCGCAGAACAACAAAUGGAGGUAUUCAACCGAUACGGUCCCCAUCCGGAGCUUUAUCCGAAUCGCCGAGGUGAAGUGGUUCAAGGCUCGUACUGCGAACGAGAAUUUCGCGACUGUCGGCUGCAGACCUGCUACGUGCAAUCACCUGCUUAUCCAGGAAUAUAUCCGCGAGCGUUGAAGUGUCGCUACCGGCUCCACACGAGACUGCCUUUCAUCAAGCUCUACAUCCAGAAUGAGCAGUUCGCAGUGGACGGACAGAGGUGUGAAAACAUCAUGACAUGUCCGAUGAAGGAGAUAGGGUCUGGUUCGGAGCACUGUCCCUACGAUUGGUUGGCUGUGUACGACGGACGCGACGAGCACGCACCACCGAUUGGAAAAUUCUGCGGGAUGGGUAAAUUCCCCUUCAGUAUUAUCGGAACGUCCCAGCAUAUGUAUGUGGAGUUUGUAUCCUCACCAGCUGGACCGCUGCUUAACACGGGUUUCCAUUUCAACGUGGGAAACUGGCCAGGUCAUGUGGAAACGGUUGGUACCAAACAUGGCGCGUGUGAUUGGUUGCUUAGUUCUGAUGCGUUACGUGCCACCAGUGCCUCCGAAGGCAUCUUCCUCAGCGUAGCACACUGGUAUCCACCAAAUACCUCCUGCAGCUACCACAUACAAGGAAACGAAGACGAAGUGGUUCGUCUUUACUUCCCGAGUUUUCGAAUAAAUCGUAUCGAAGCGCCGAUCAUAAAGCACGAGGAGGACUGUGCAGAAUCACUCACGAUCUACGACGCAAACAAUCCCGAUCCUGCCCGUAUCAUCAAGACGUUCUGCGAUACCUUCUCUCGACCGAUGGAGAAGAUCGACUUUGUCAGCACUGGUCGGUCGCUGUACGUGAAGUUUCUUAGCAAAACCGGCUCGUACAGUGGCAGCUCGCUGUACUACUGGGCACACUAUGACUUUUUCAACAACACGAAGUUUGGUGAUCCUGUGCCAAACACGCUCUGCGACGAGGUGUUCUAUGCCUGGAAGUAUAGCCGCGGAGAGUUAAAGUCCCCAAGGAACACACUCAUCUACAAACGAGCCUCUGGCAGUGACGUUCGUUGCCAGUACAAGUUCAUCACGGACCGUCGUUUGUUUUCGCGUGUUGUAGUCGAAGUGACAUCGGUCACGUUCAAGGAAGUUCCCUACUCGAUAAGCGCAUGCACUCGCUGCCACGAGGAACGUGUCGAUAAGCUAAUUUUGUGGGAAGAACGAGACAAGAGCCAGAACCGGUUGGCCUGCUUUUGCGAUAAUAUUCCCCGACCGGUGCGAAUCAUAUCUUCGGGUGAUCAAAUGAAUCUAGAGCUUAUCAUACAAGGACAGCACGCGACGACAAGCUACUUCAAAAACCCAAACACUCUGUUCGAGGCGAACUAUGAGUUUGCACACGGACCAAUUUGUGGACCGAUUACGUUAGGUCCCUCGCCGGACGGAGAGCUGGUGUUUCCCUACAAAAACGCACUAGGAUUCCAACUGACUGAAAACCGCAAAGAAAAAUGCAUCUGGGAGCUUAAGGUGGCGGCUCAACGUGAUUUAUGGUUGCACCUGGACAAGGCUCGGUUUGCUGAGCGUAGUUGUGAGCACGGCCGCAUUGAGGUUUAUCUUGCCGGCCGACUUGAGCCACGAUUUAUCAUCUGUCCAGAAAAUGUUAGCCUUGCCCGAGAUCUACCAAUACUGUCUGCGGCAGAGCUGGGUGCCGUCGAGAACGAGAAUGAACCGCUGCCAGUACUGAUACAGUACACGGGCGACAGUGCUAUUGGUAAAAAUGCUUUCAAAUUCGUCUGGACAGAACUGUUCCAUCUACCUCGCAAUGCCGACGGCACGCUUGCAACCUCGGCCAUGUUCAAGGACAGCUGCGAUUUCUACUGUCCUGGUGAUCAGCAUGUUUGCAUACCGGAAUAUUUACUGUGCAAUGGUGUCCUUAACUGUCCCAACGUGACCGGCCUGCGAGUUGUGGAGAGUAACAUCGACAAAAACUAUGAGUACAUCGAGGAAAACUAUCUACGUACCGGGCUCUUCGACAAGGAGUUCCUGCUCAACAUCGAGUAUCUGACCGAUGAGUCGCCGGAGCUCUGCCGGACGAAAUACAUACCCGGUAGCAACCCCGGCCAGGUCGAGCUACCGGACGUGGUCGAAUGCUUCCAGUUUCCGGUGGUACAGAUGGUUGUAGCUGGCAUCAUCGUCAGCACGCUAAUCAUUCUAGCUUUCGUCAUCUACUGUCGUUUGUAUGGGCAAAAGUAUUACGAAUGAGAAGAACCGCACUAGCGCUGGCUGUAGCGUCCCUGCUUCCAGUCUCUAGACUAUCUCUGAUGAGGUAAGUUGUUAGCUUUUUGUGUCUCUUUUCUCUCCCAACACCAUUUUCUUCCUCCUUCAUUGGUUGAUCUACGUGGGUAGGCGCAACGAGUGAGCUUAUUGUGUGUUGCGCAAACUGAACUACUUACAUAGCAAGGGCACAGCAUUUACGAUGAAAUAGCGACGUUCAGCAACAUUUAGUACGUUAGGCAAAUUCCCUUUUGAUAUGACCUUACUUUGAGCACUAUUUUGGAACAAGUAGAUCUUUUGGCAAAGUUUGUAAGCGAUUGCAUUGAAGCAAUCACUGUACGGUUGAAAACGUUCAAUCCUCUCCACUAGUGGUUCAUUUUAAUGAUCUACACGGAAAUUAAACAAAAGUUUUUUCUCGAAAAAAACCCGCACUACCAAACUCAGUAGAACAUAACUGCGGGAAAAUUUUCUGCACCAAUUGAACUAGUUUAGGGAAUAUUUUCUUUACUUUUUCUUCGUAGUCAACAAUAGUACCAGUUAUUUCCAUUUCAACAGCAAGUUACAAGCAGGGUUACAAGCAAAAGUUGUGCUUGAGACAAUGACAACUUUAGCAACACACACACACACACACACUAUUAAACAAUGCAUCAGCAAGUAAUGCAGGGUAGCUUGAACACGGUGCAUGAAACUAGUUUUAACAAUCGUUUCAUCGAAACAAAGAAUAUUGUUGAAAGCAGUGUUGGUGGUGAAGGAAGUUAAACUAUAGGCAAAUAAAAGGCAAUUCUUUACGAUAAUGAAAAUAAACUAAAAACAACAACAACAAAUCCUUGCACAACUUGUACAUAAGUAAAAUUUAAACUAAGAAUCCUAACUAAGAAACAAAACAAAACUCACAAACAAAUAAGAACCAGCGUGGACUUAGGCCAAAUAGGAACGUAAAGCAGAACACGAUUCAAAUGCAAAUGGAAGUAGUAAAUCACAAAUCUAGGGAAUAUUAUGAAUCAAUUUCAAUUACUAUAUACAACGGUGAUGGAGAGAAAGUAAAAUUGAAGAAAAAAAACUCUAAACGGAAUGCCAUAUAUUCAGCGUAGUACAUUGUUGGAGCCGAGGAACCUUGAACUGUUUAACGAGUGAAGUGAAGCAAAUAGAACGAAAAUGUUAUUAAAUUGAGUAUGUAGUGAUUGUGUGCGUCGGUGAUCCCUGUUGGGUAAGGUGAACAAUAAAGAGA